UGAGGACUAAACACGGGAACAAUGUUGGUCUUGGAACAUGAUUCGCUGUGAGGGGCUCAAGGAGACGAGAACCUGAGGGGGAACUGCUUCAAUGGCGUGGACUGAGCCUCGGUCUCAUCAAGACCCACAGCCAAAACCAAAACUGAAAUUUUACCAUCUCAGAACUCACUCUGCUUCUUCAUCAGCUCUCUUUUUCCUCAUGAUUGCUGCCUUUGCUGGCAUCUGUACAGCUGCUCCACCGCAGCCAGCCUUCCCCCCUCUCCUGUCUGGACAGCCUUUUAUUAUCUUCUGGGGUAUCCCUGAUUCUUCCUGCUCUGGUCGGCCAGAUCCCGGCUCUUUCGGGAUGGAACGGGACAGCCGUGUAGCUGUCUUUUAUGAAGAUACAUUGGGGAACUACCCUUACUUUGUAGAUAUAGACACGCCAAUAAAUGGGGGACUACCACAGCACACACGGCUGGAAACUCACCUCCAGAAGAUGAAGCAGGACUUAGAGGAAGCUUUACCUGCCCCAAGGUACCUUGGUCUGGGGGUACUGCGUUGGGGUGAGUGGGUCCCUCAGUGGUCGAGGAGUCGAGAGAAGCAAGCGUUAUAUGUGGAGGCAUCAAAGAAACUGCUCAAGGGUUUUUUUCCUAACUGGACCCCUGCAGAAGUGGAGAAGUGGUCAAAGAGUGGGACACCUGGAGCCAGGCUUUUUUUAUCCAGUCAAAUAAAGGAAGCACUACGAAUAUCUUCUGCAAGCGGGGCAGAGUUUGACCUUCCAGUAUUUCCUCUUGUUAAGAGUGUUUAUGCCUCAACUAACACUUUUUUAUCACAGGCUGAUCUGGUCAGCAGCAUAGGAGAAAGUGCUGCCAUGGGAACAGCAGGAGUUGUCAUGUGGGAGAGAAGUGAGACUAAAACAGAGAGAGAGUGCCAGGAACUGGCUGAGUUUGUCCGUAAGGUCCUGGGACCCUACUCCAUCAACGUUACCACAGCAGCUCGACUCUGCUCAGCCUCGCUUUGUCAAGGAAGAGGUAGAUGUGUCCGUCAAAAUCCAGAAAGCUCUGCCUAUCUCCAUCUCCCACCUCCAUCCACAGUGGCUGAAAAGUCUCAGGUGGAGGCAGCAAAAGCCACGGAUCUGCCGGACACAGACACUAAGACAGCUGAACCGGAUCCAGCUGAAACCUGGAAGAAAGACUUCCAGUGCCAGUGGUAUAAGACAGAAGACCAGGAUGUCUUAGACCUGCAGUCUCCCAAAGAUGGAGUGUCUCUUGGAGGAACAGUGGAAGCAAAUUCUAGAGGUGUAACAGAGACUACAACAACUGCCGCAACAAAACGUGCCUCUGUGACAGAAUUUAGUGGGAGUAGCACAGCUGGUACUGGAAUUCCAGCACCUUCACUGGAAGCAUCGACAGAUAAGGGUACCAAUCCCCCGAGUGCCCCAAGCAUCACCGUUUUGCUGUUGCUGGUGGUUGGAAGCCUAAGCCUGGAACCUUAAAUUUUGAACUGAACAGCCUUCCUCUUGGAGGACUGCAUCA